AUGUCACCGAAUAACAAUAAAGUAACACACUUUCUCUUCUUUUUAGGUAAAGCUCACAUAGACGAGUUCGUCACAGACGCCCCAGACUUGUCAACUGUCAAACAGCACAUGUGCAAAGCGUGCAAAGUCUCUUACAGACGCCUGUCAGACCUGCGCAACCAUAUAUCGCGCACUCAUUUAAAACAAAAGUUCAUCAAAUGCUCACUCUGCUCCGAAACCUUCAUGUAUCACACUCAAAGAAAAAACCACAUGUAUUCUGUACACGCAGUGGAGAAGCCAGAGAAAUUCCUCUGCGGGCACUGCGGCAGAGAAUUCAAAAGAAAAAAUACUUUAGCAGAACAUAUGAUGGAUGUACAUAUAGAAAGGAACUGCUCGCAUUGUGAGCUCAAGUUCGUUAGGAAAAAAAUACUGUUUCAUUUAAACGAGGCACACGGCGUUCCUAUGCCGACCUGUGGAAUAUGUGGAUUGCGGUCCAUAAAAGAGAGCGCCUUAAUCAGACAUCAACGGAACGUGCAUCUGAAUGAAAAAAAUAUUGUGUGCAAAAUUUGCAAGCGGAGAUUUUUCACUCGAUCUAACUUGCAUGAUCACAUGAUCACGCAUAAUCAAGACAGGGUGUUCAAGUGCGACGUGUGUGCUAAGACGUUUGCCAGAAAGGAGUGUUAUCGGACACAUUAUAGGAUCCACACUGGCGAAAAACCCUACAACUGCGAAGUGUGCGGUGCGGCUUUUGUGCAGCGAGCCGGACUUAGAUUCCAUGCGAAAAGCCAUCACCGAGACAAGUGA